CAUUGUCAUAAUUUUUGGGGUUAUAGCUAACUUGGUUUGGAAAGUAAAAUAGUUAAGGACGAUGUAAAUAAACUUCUCAACGAUUGUGCAUGAAAAAAUUAAGGUAAUACAUCAAGUAUGGCAUUAGACUUUGGUGCUGGCUGUGUAGGGGGAGCGGCCGGUGUUAUUGUUGGCCAGCCAUUCGAUACUGUCAAGGUCCGAUUACAAGUUCAACAUGGGAAAAACGGAAUGUACAAAGGAGUAUUGGAUUGCGUCACUAAGAUGAUUAAACAGGAAUCGAUGACAAGUUUAUACAAAGGCAUGACUCCCCCAUUACUUGGUCUUGCCUUUCAAAACGCUAUAAUAUUUGGACUACAAGGUCAAUUUCGAACUUUAACUGACGGUAGUAUUAGAGGUGAAUUGAUAGCUGGUUCUGUAACUGGAGGUGUUCAGGCAGGUAUUACCGCUCCUAUAGAACUUGCAAAGAUUAGACUGCAAAUACAAGGGACGGGUGGGAGGAUCUCACCUGAACAACGAAAAUAUAAAGGACCCAUUCAAACCGUGUUAAAGAUUCGUCAGGAAGAAGGAUCCCGUUCUUGUUUUCGUGGCUUAUUUGGUGUAUUACUGAGGGACGUACCAGCAACAGCAAUUUACUUCGGUUCAUUCGCGUAUCUAAACUCGAAAUUUAUUCCUGCUGGCGGUACUAUUGACUCGUUAUCUGCAGCUCAUUUACUAUUUACAGGGGGGUGUGCAGGAAUGCUGUCGUGGGCAGCACUAUAUCCUAUAGAUGUCAUUAAAACUCGUAUACAAGCAGAGGGUAUGGCUCCUCAUGGAAGAUACAAGUCAUACUUUCACUGUUUUGUGCAAAGCGUUAAAGAAGAAGGUUACAUGUGGGCAACACGUGGUUUUGGCGCGACCAUGUUACGAGCCUUUCCAGUAAAUGGCGCCAUAUUGGCAACAGUUACUUUGGUGUUGCGAUUCAUGAAAACCAACGACGAGGAAUUAAUUUUCGAAGAUUAAAAAGGAAGAUUUUGGUGUUGCGUAAUGAAUUUUCGAAGAUUAAAAAGGAAGAUUUUAAUAUAUACCUCCUAAAUACUUUGCAGAUUUGUGAUGGUAUCAUUUUCGUGACAGAAACAUGGGUGUGGAACCUGAGUAAUAUUUUUUAAACAAAAAAUUUCUAUAAUUAUUAUUUUUUUCAUAAAGUAAAGAAUUUAAAAAUAUGCAUAAGUGGCUAAUCGGUCAA